CUAGAAUCAAAGAUUCCGAUGAUCGAUGAAAUAAUGAUAGGAUGGCAAUUUCGAGCUGAUCCGCGAUUUACCUGAUUCGUUUACCUUGUUUUGGGGCGGGCGCGGGCAUGGGUAGUACCUCUCAUCGACCCAAAUUGUUCUGAUCCGUCCAAUUCUCGACCCAUUCUUGUCUAAAUUACAUGUAAUUUUAGUCCAAUUACUUAGGAUUUUCCUCUUAUUACAUCAUAUUUUAGAUAUAAUUUAACUAUAUUUUAUCAUAUUAUGGUUUCUUUCUUGGUCUUUUAAUGAAAAUAACGAAUAUUUCUAAUAUUUGCUGCAUAAAUUACAUACCUUUGGAUCGACCUGCCCCGACCCGCGCCUCAUUAUAAAUUACCCACCCCGAACCCGACCUACAAUAAGACGAAAAUGAAUAUCGAGAUAUCCGUCCCGGAUAUGUGACAUUGCCGCUGGGAAAAAAAAAAUGAUGCAGCUGAGUAAUUAGGCAGGUGCUGGAUCGGGCCGGUCAAGGAGUUGAUAGUUAAUGUAAUGAAGUCAGCAAAAUUCCAAGUCAGAUAUUGCUGUUUUGGAAAGAGCUCUCUCUCUCUCAGCACUAAUAACAACACGACACAACUCUUUACUUUUUCUCUUGUUGGGAAAAAUUUGCUCAUAAAAAUCCAAUAAAAAAGAAAUGCCAAACAACAUGUUUUUAAAUUUAUUUUUCAAUAGUUUGAGGUUGGUUUCUGACGUAAAAUAAAAGUACAUUUUAUUAGUACUUAGAAAUGAUUCACAACACACAAUUUUGCAUUUGAGGGCGGAGAAUUCAACGCUAAAUUAGAGACGAAUAAACUCAGACUCUAUCCCGAUCUCGUUGGUUCUCUUAAAAAAAAAACACCUUUCACUUUUUGAAGUUUUCUUUAUAAAGCAUAUAUUACGACGAAUAAUAUAUGCGUGCGCGCGCGCAGGUGGGACAUUUGCGUUGUACUCGCUGAUAUGCCGAUACGCGAGGGUGGGGCUGACGCCGAGCCAGCAGGCGGAGGACGGGGAGGUGUCGAACUACCAGCUGGAGCUGCCGAGCAGCAAGACCUCGCGGAGGGCGUCGGUGCUGAAGUCAAAGCUGGAGCAGAGUUGGACGGCGAAAUACGUGCUGCUUUUCGCCACCAUGCUGGGCACUUCCAUGGUCAUUGGAGACGGCGUUCUCACUCCCUGCAUCUCUGUUUUAUCUGCAGUUGGAGGGAUCAAGCAGGCGGAAGAGUCCAUGUCUCAAGGUACGCGCAUGCACUAAAGCUAAUCUUCUCACCUUUCAAUAAUGUAAUUAUAUUUUGAAACAAAAAAACAUUAUAUAUAGUCAAAACAGCUAAAUGUAUCAAUUUCAAUCUUCAGCACCACAGGUCUUGGACAAAAAACAAAUUAAAAGCACACGUAAUAUCCCCUCAAUUCAAUAUGUUUACUCUUCAAGUAUUAGCAGCGACGAAUUCAGACAUUUAAAAUCAAAAGAGUUAAAAAAAAUUUAAAGACUAGUAAAUUGAAUUGUGGUAA